AUGGAGUAUCAUGUUUUCAAGAAUCCGUAUGUUCUAAUUGAAGAUGCCACGGGAAAACAUCGACCAUUUUAUAAGGAAUAUGAAGGGACUAGUAAGGAAAAUUGUGUUCCUAAAGUUGUUUUGGCCCCAAGUAUUCCUAGACCUGCAGGUAAACGUGAAAAGCCUAAUCGCCGCCCAGGUGUUUGUGAAAUGUGUGUAGUAAGAUAUCAAGAUUACGAUCAGCAUAUCUUGGAGAAAUCACAUGUUAAGACUCUAAAAGAAAUCGGCAGUUACUCAGAAAUUGAUGCCUUAAUUAGUCAGUUAGAUGCUUGUAAUGCCCGGGCAAGUAAGUCAGCUAAGAAGCGCUUGUUUCGUAGCAGUUAA